CUUCUUUUGCUCACAGGUGCUGUUAAUCUGCCUCCACGCGAAGGCAGCAUCACCGGUCGUGAUCGCCUGCUUUAAAGUCGAAACGUUAAAACCCGUUUCAGACACUUUGUUAUAUUUGGGUGAGAUUUGCGGCCAUGGUUUACCUGCUGCUCCUCCUCCUCCUCCUGCUGCUGCUUCCCCGCACUGAAGGACGGACACCGCGCAUCCAGGGUUCAAACCAAACCGCGCAGGUGAUGAGGAAAGUUCACCUGAGAGGGACGCCGACUCCGCCGCCGCCGUACCUCCGCCUCCCGGUGUUUCUGGACUCGAAGCUGCCGCUGGUGGAGAAGGAGUAUUUCUCUCCACUCAGAGGCACCGGCGCGGAGCCUCUACCGGAGCGCGUCCGGGAAAUCCUGCUCCCGAUUCGACCCAAUACCACGCCGCCCGGAGUCUCGGGUGUUUCCGUGAAGACUUCGUGUAAGAGGACCAAGAUGCAGGUCCAGGUGGAGAGGAGCAUUCUGGAAGCCGGUGAACCUCACUCUCAUCUCACACUGGGCACAUGCACAGCCAGUAAGUCUACGAGGGACCACCUUUAUUUCGAGUACGGCCUCGGCAUGUGCGGAACCAAGUGCAGGAUAAUUGAUAACCAGGUUGUCUAUUCAAACACACUCCGAUAUGACCCACCAAGGCUCCAAGGACCAAUCAGGAGAGCUGUGCCCUUAAGCCUGCCUGUUGCUUGUUAUUUUAACAGGUAUCAAUACGCCUACAAAGUUGGCUACGUACCAAAGGUACCGAUACGCAAGAUCUUCAAACAAAUGAAGAAUGGAGCUAAAUUCAGUCUGACUCCACGAAAUGCUGAGUGGGAACGGCUCUCCCCUUCAGAUCAGUACGUGCUUGGAAAGCCCAUGUACUUCCAGGCUGAGGCCCUGCCUGUGUCCCACCAUGAAAGACUAUACAUCCACUCAUGUUAUGCCACUCCAGAGGAGUCCCACACCUCUACACUUAGGUUUCCUGUUGUGAAAAACUUUGGAUGCAUGGUUGAGAGCAAAGGUGGGCGCUCCAGUUUCAUCCCAUACAAAAACAAUGCUGUGAGAUUCUCUGUGGAUGCCUUCCUGUUCAAGGGAAUCAUGGGAAAGCAGCUCUACAUGCACUGCAUCAUGUCUGUGGGCAGUUCUGUGCCUGCACCCACAGCCAAGUCCUGCAACUACGACACAGCAGCCCAAAGAUGGGUUGAGCUGUAUGGGUCAGACUCAGUGUGCACCUGCUGUGACUCCAACUGUACCUCUGCUGCAUCCACAGAGACCCAAAUAAUCAGCAGUAGACCGUGGACAAUAGAACCUAAAGUGAAAGCCAUCAGUUCCCUGAAGCUCUCCACCGAAACCACAGCAGCACCACAGUCAGCGAUGACUGGGUGGAGGAGGUCGUCACAGCCCGUGGUGGCAGCAGUGCUUCCAGUGGAAAAGGUGGAGGAGUCGGAGUGGCCGUUUGGAGGUGGAGUGAUGUGGACCGAGGAAGGAGGUGCGGAGAAGCAGGUGAAGGGCUCUGCCUUUGUGGAGGAGGUGAUCGCAGAACCCAGACGAAUAUUUGAAGAAAUCUUUGAUUUUGACCAAUAAAGCUGGACUU